CUAUCUGCCUAGCUACGUGUAAUCCGUGCAUUGCGCGCGCGCGCGCGAACACACAUACAUGCACGUAGCACGUACACGCAGCAAGUACGUGUACAUUGUACGGUGCAUUGCAUGCUCCUCAGUGUAGCAAGCUGUCACAACGCUGUCAAUUCGCGGCCGAUUGCCGUCCGUCUGUUUGUCAAGUGUCGCCUAAGGGAAAAAAAGGAAAUCGAUUGCUGUUCGCUCGACACAUGCCGGAAUAUCCGUGAUUUACGACUUUUGCUUAAACAAUGGCGGCAUUACCACGGAGGAUUAUUAAGGAAACUCAGAGAUUAAUGCAAGAACCAGUUCCUGGUAUCAGCGCUGUACCAGACGAUACAAAUGCUAGGUAUUUUCACGUAAUAGUAACGGGACCUGAAGAUUCGCCGUUCGAAGGUGGACUAUUUAAACUUGAGUUGUUCCUACCAGAAGAUUAUCCAAUGUCUGCUCCUAAAGUUAGAUUCAUUACAAAAAUAUAUCAUCCAAAUAUAGACAGAUUGGGCAGGAUUUGCCUGGAUAUUCUCAAGGAUAAAUGGAGUCCCGCACUUCAAAUCAGAACGGUUUUGCUGUCUAUACAAGCGCUGUUGAGCGCACCAAAUCCCGAUGAUCCUUUGGCAAAUGAUGUAGCUGAACUUUGGAAGGUUAACGAAAGCGAGGCGAUACGUAAUGCCAAAGAGUGGACUCGAAGAUACGCUAUGGACAACUGAUCUCAGCCUUGUCAGAUCGCCCACGACAAAGCAAAGCGACGUUAUUCCUACCUUUCCCAGACUUUUGAUCACCUUACCCGCACCAACUGCGUAUCCCGCACCUGUGUCCACAAUUUUGCUAUAAAAAUAAUAAAAGUUUUGUAAGAGUAAAACAGAAUGGAUAUUUUCUAUAUCGUCGGGGAAUGCAAAGCAGUGUCGGAUUUAUUGAAUUCAGCUCGUUGAGAAACCUCCUACAUUAACGUCGCGCGUCUGCAAGAGGAAGCAGCCUCCCUCGGUGAGAAAACGCGAUUAGAUACAUUACGAUCAUAAGUUUUGCCGUUGUGUUAAGCAAGAUAAUGCGACCUUUAUACAAUCCUCUCAAAUACGUUGCUAUGAAAUCCUGUGCAAUUUACAAUUUAUAUGUUUUCCUUAUUUCUACUGUAUUGUUUAGUCAAUGAAUUCAAGUGGUUUAUGUUUUGACAUACGAAUUCUUUUCUUGCUGAGACAAGCUUAUUAUGUAUACUGACUGGUUGUCUGUCUGAAAUACACCAUAGAUUUAAGUAUUCUUGCAUACUUAUAUAUAGGAUUAGGGAAGAAUAAGAUCGAACAUUAUGAAAUUACACCAUAACAGCUGUUAUUUAUCACAUGUCUUAUAGUUAAUAUAUUAAAGAAGCCAUGAGCAUUUUCAGUCUGUGUAAAUUUAACAUUGCCUUUUAAAUCUACACUUGAUCUAUUGCGAGGUGUCAAGGUGUCGUCUAUGAAGCAUACAGCUUUUAAUUAUAUAUAUAUAUAUAUAUAAUUUUAUAUAUAUAUAUAUAUAUAUAUAAUUACAAUGAAGAAGAAUGUUCAAAUACGUCUCGUCUACUCAAAAGAAUUAUAAGUCAACUAUAUACGAAUGAAUAUCUUCCAUUAUUGUGUUAGUAACAACAUCGCCAAUAAAUUGCUUAAUGUGUGUAAAUAUAAGUAAGAAGAAUAAAAAGAUUUCUUUAUUAUAUAUGUUACAAUAAAGAAAUUUAUAUUUAUUAAGAUAAUAAUAUACAUACAAGUACGAGAUAAAUUCCCUUACGGGAAAGAUCUGUCCCCAGUACAUGAAAAUCAUUCUUUUCCGAUGGUUGCUUGCGCGGAGGACAGUGUAAGAUAUAUGGGAAAUUAUAUAAUACAUAUAGAAAUUUCUUUUCGAUAAAUAACGUUAAUGAGCAUAACAAUAAUUCACAUAAAGAGCUGAAAACUGCAAAUAUAUUUCAUAUUGUAUAAUGUUAAACGAAUAGGAAAAUGGUAGAAACAAUGUCUUUGUAACAAAUGGUGGCAAAGAAACGAUACAUAUACUGAUAGAGAUAUUUACUCGUCAUGCAUUGGCUCAAUGAAUAAUAUAGUUUAUUCAUGGUAUAGUUACUAUGUGACAAGAAUAAUGCUAGCGGUUUAUAUCUGAUGUUCGUUUCAUUGCAACAAAUAUGAAAAAAGCACAACCAGUUAGUAUAUAAAUAUCUUGUGAGAAACGGAGGCUCUUACGAGCCGUUUUUUCUUUUUAAUAAUUAUUACAACAGAGAGGUUUUGUAAUCUGUAAAGGACACGGGGAUAGAUUAAAACAAUAUUGUAGAUAAUCUGCAAUAAUAAAGAGAUUAUUAUUAAGAG